AUGGCUACUUCAGAGACACAAAAUUUAAAAACUUCUUCAGUUAACGGAAGUGAAGAAAAUGUGUAUGUAAAGGAUGCACAUAUGAAUUCUUUACAUGAAAAUUAUAACGUAUCUACUAAGAAUGUAAUAGAUACAAACCCUGCAGAAGGAUACUACACAAUUAGUCAUGAUGAAAACCACACCAUUGAUCCAAAUAAUAUACCUUACAUAAUACCUGGAAUUACUGAAUCUGGAAUGCCCUUAGAUCCAACAACUAUGCAAGCUGCUGCAGCAUUAAAUCAAAGUUUAAUGUAUACCAACAAUGCAAUCUCAACAGAAUAUCCCCAAUAUCAUAUGUAUAAUGGAAUGAAUUCCAUGUAUGGAGGAAUCCCUCAAUAUUACGGAGGCAUGAAUAUUCCAAUGAAUCCAUAUUAUGAUCCUUAUGGAAUUAUAAACCCAUUAGCAUGCUCUAACUUAAGUAUGGAAAAGACCAAGAAGAAAACCAAGAAAUGUUAUUGCUGCUAA